ACCCAUGCCUUUGCCAAUCUAUUUCGCAGUUCAAGGCUUGCCAGCUAUGACCGGACAAUAAACCAAGUCUAUACAACCACAAAAAAUUUUAAAAAAAUAGGUGAUUGGGGUCUGAAGCGAAAUCUGCCUACCGUCAUACGAACCGAUUAUACCACGAUCAAAGACUUGGAUACAGCAGAGCAUCAAACACCUUGGUAUACAGCCAACAACCAAGUGCUCUUUAUGAAACGAUGGAAAGAGAAUUUUGAUGCUAGUGUCUCUCAAAAGCCCAAAACACCAGCCGCUUCUGUAACAGAAGACAAUGACAAACAGUUGCAAAACGUAAUGGCCAUGACCCCCGCGCAGUUCAACCACUUUAAAAAACAAUGUGCAAAGCGUGCAUCCGAGUUCCAACACCUUGUCAAGUCAAAACAAUUAGUGCGAGAGCAGAUAUACGACUAUUUAAAUGUGACAUUUGAGCAGGAGAGGCCUGUGAUGGGCCCUACUUACUCUGCUGCUACUCCACCCCAAGAGCCACUCAAGGUGCAAGGCCGCAUCUUGAAUCCAGUCAAAGUAGACUACUUUAUCGGACAUGCCGUCGCCGUCGGAGGCAUCGUCGCUUUAUUACCCAGAGAAUACGCCUCUUUCAUACAAGCCAACAAAAAUGAUCGUAAUCAACUGCACGACUUUUAUGUCGAAAGCAUCACGAUGAACGAAGACGGAACACCUCUGAUCAUCUUGAAC